UAUGGUGAUAGGAGGAGAAAAGUGCAUGUGUAAAUUCAUUAAUUCAUGUCAGCUUUAAACUAGCCUAUAUGAGGGGCGAAUUGCCAAGGGGCCCAUUCCCUUUUUACCGGAAGCGGCAACCCCGAAUCUCUCUUUGGCUCCGGGAUUCAGAGGCAAGGCCGCGUGUUUGCAGCCCAGAGGGAUAAUGUAGACUUGUGAGGAUCCGGAACCAACUCCUACCAUACGACUAUACCUUACUUUUAGCAUGUUAACAUGGCGGAGAAAGACAGAACUUGAACGGUUGUAAAAAGACUGGAAAGCUUUUAUUUGAAUUAAAAUAGCCUUGUUCCUCGAGAAAGAUCUGAAGGUUCUUAUCUACAGGGUUUCUGCUCUCAGUAUGGCUGGCCUUCAACAAAUCCUCUCCCAGUAUCUUAUGCUAUACGUGGAAAUUUUUGGUCUGCUGUUUGUUUAGAAGUCAGACAAGUUCGAGCACCUGUUGCCAGAUGGCUUGUUACACUAGGUGAAAUGGAGAACAGCAAAAGUGAUGAAGCAAGUGAUGAUAAAGACGAUGAUACAAAGGACAGGAGGAAAACGCCUGAAGUCGAAGUUGUAUCUAGACUUAGGCAGAGGAUUCCAGAGAGUGGACAGAGAAACACAAGAUCUCGAUGUAGACUACAUCCCGUCAACACCACAUGUUCCGGACAAAAACGAAAGUUGGAAAGCCAAAAUGUUCUGACAAAGAAAAUGAGAUCAGGAGUCGGAAAUGUGCACACAGAAGUGCCUGACGUAGAUUCUACUGCCUCCAGUAUACAGCCUCGCACUUCUGUGACAACCAGCAGUCCCUCUGUCUAUCAGACGAGACGAUGUCGGUCCUCUCAGACACGGACAUCCUCAGCUAUAACUACGUCUUCACUGAAUGUUGUAUCAGAUGCAGCAGCAAAUCCAGCAACACCAAUCACUGGCUCAGUCUCAACGAUACAGAACCCCACAACAACAGUGGCUACUUCUCUGACAGGAAGCAACGUUGUACCAGUUCCUGUCACCUGUGUAUAUUGUACACGAAACACAAUUACGGAUCAAGAAAACAAUUUUCUACGAUACUUCCUUCUUGCUCAGCUUGGUACCCAGGCCUUGCGGACUCUGUUCGACUCGCUUGUCAGACCUGUGUCACUGACAAAUCACCUACGGAAUGCAAAACAAAAAUUAAAACAGUGCACAGUGCAACAGAUAGCCAUCUUAUAUCCAGAAGCCGGGCAAUCGGUUUCCUCGAGAGACUUUGAUACAACUCUUCUGUACACCCUGCUGCGCAAUACAGUAAAUAUUACACCUCCAACGAGGAGAUGGAAUAAACAGCCAAGGCCUUCUGACAUCUCGCAAGGGGACGAUGUGGAGAGAAUAAGAUUCGCUAGGAAUUCUUUAUGUCAUGGUAAAACGUCCAUGGAUCAAUCAACAUUCAAUUCAAAAUGGACAAGUCUUUCACAGGCAAUUACACGACUGAGCAGCGGUUCCCUUAAUGGUGAUGUCGCCUCAUUAGCUAAAAGGAAGUUUGAUAAAACUGAGAAACAAGUCAUUUUGGAUGACUUCCUGCUUCAUAGGAAAAGGUCUCAACAAUUAGAGGGAAGACAUAUUCCUUUGAAUGUCCAAGAACAACUUGUAGAUCCUUAUCUUCAAGGCUCGCUGUUUACUGCAUCACGGAAUGGGCACACCGAAUUAGUCCAGCAUUUAGUAGAGCAUGGUGCUGAUGUCAAUAUCUGUGUGGACAAGAAUGUUCCACCGCUAAUUGUGGCAUCAUAUAAAGGACACAUUGAGAUAGUCAAAUAUUUAGUUGAACAUGGUGCUGAUGUCAAUAUUUGUGUUGACAAGAAUGUUACCCCGCUAAUUGUGGCAUCAUUUAAUGGACAUACUAAGGUAGUCCAACAUUUAGUAGAACAUGGUGCUGACGUCAAUAUUUGUGUUGGUGAGAAUGGUACACCGCUCUAUAUGGCGACAGAACAAGGACAAACUGAGAUGGUCAAACAUCUGGUAGAACAUGGUGCUGAUGUAAAUAUUAGUGUUAACAAGAAUGUUGCACCGCUCUAUUUGGCAUCAGAAAUAGGACACACUGAGAUAGUCAAAUAUUUAGUAGAACAUGGUGCUGAUGUCAAUAUUCGUGUUAACGACAAUGUUGCACCGCUCCAUAUGGCAUCACAGAAGGGACACACCGAAAUAGUUAAAAAUUUAGUAGAGCAUGGUGCUGAUGUAAAUAUUUGUAAUGACAAGAAUAUUACACCACUCUUUGUGGCAUCACAAGAAGGACACAUUGAGAUAUUCAAAUAUUUAGUAGAACAUGGUGCUGAUAUCAAUAUUUGUGACGCGAGAAAUGUUGCUCCACUCUGUAGGGCAUCACAGAUUGGACACACUGAGAUAGUUCAACAUUUAGUAGAGCAGGGUGCUGAUGUCAACAUUUGCAAUAACGAAAAUGUAACACCGCUCUAUAUGGCAUCAUAUAAAGGACAUAUUGAGAUAGUCAAACAUUUAGUAGAGCGUGGUGCUGAUGCCAAUAUUUGUACAGACGAAGAUGAAACGCCACUCUUUGUGGCAUCACAAGAAGGACACAUUGAGGUAGUCAAACAUUUAAUUGAACACGGUGCUGUUGUCAAUAUUUUUAACUACAAGAAUGCUACACCACUCUUUGUGGCAUCACAAAAUGGACAUAUUGAGAUAGUCCAACAUUUAGUAGAACAUGGUGCUGAUGCCAAUAUUUGUGAUGACAAGGGUGUUGCACCUCUCAGCAUGGCAUCACAAGAAGGACACAUUGAGGUAGUCAAACAUUUAGUUGAACACAGUGCUAUUGUCAAUAUUUGUAAUUACGAGAAUGUUACACCGCUUCAUAUGGCAUCACAAAAUGGACAUAUUGAGAUAGUCCAACAUUUAGUAGAACAUGGUGCUGAUGUCAGCAUUUGUAAUGACAAGAAUAUUGCACCGCUCUUUAAGGCAGCACAAGAAGGGCACAUUGAGAUAGUCAAAUAUUUAGUAGAACAUGGUACUGAUGUCAACAUUUGUGAUGAGAGAAAUGAUACAGCGCUCUUUGUGGCAUCAUUUAAAGCACAUAUUGAGAUAGUCAAACAUUUAGUAGAACAUGGUGCUGAUGUCAAUAUUUGUAAUGAUGAGGAUGUUACACCACUCUUUGUGGCAUCACAAAAAGGACACAUUGAGAUAGUCAAAUAUUUACUAGAACACGGUGCUGAAGACAAUAUUUGUGAUGUGAGAAAUGUUGCUCCGCUCUAUGUAGCAUCACAGAAUGGACACAUCGAGAUAGUCAAAUAUUUAGUAGAGCACGGUGCUGAUGUCAAUAUUUGUAAUGAUGAGAAUGUUACACCACUCUUUGUGGCAUCAAUGAGAGGACAUAUUGAGAUAGUCAAAACUUUAGUUGAGCACGGUGCUGAUGACAAUAUAUGUAAUGACAUGGAUGAUACACCGCUUUUUGUGGCAUCACAAGAAGGACACAUUGAGAUAGUCAAACAUUUAGUAGAACAUGGUGCUGAUGUCAAUAUUUGUAAUGACGAGGAUGUCACACCACUCCAUAUAGCAUCACAUGAUGGACACACUGAUGUAGUUAAACAUUUAGUAGAGCAUGGUGCUGAUGUCAAUAUAUGUAAUAUGAAAAAUGUCACUCCACUGUAUGUAGCAUCAGAGAAAGGACACAUUGAGAUAGUCAAACAUUUAGUAGAGCAUGAUGCUGAUGUCAAUAUUUGUAAUGAUGAGGGUGUUACACCGCUCCGUAUAGCAUCACAAGAAGAACACGAUGAGAUAGUUGAACAUUUAACAGAACAUGGUGCCAAUAUUUGCAUGAUAAUGUGAGAAAUGUUGCACCGCUCUAUUUAGCAUCACAGAAUUGACACACUGAGAUAGUCAUACAUUUAGUAAAACAUGUGCUGAUGUCAAUAUUUGUAAUAUGAAAAAUGUCACUCCGCUCUAUUUAGCAUCACAGAAUGGACACUGAGAUAGUUAAACAUUUAGUAGAACAUGAUGUUAAUGUCAAUAUUUGUAAUAUGAAAAAUGUCAAUGUAUGUAGCAUCACAGAAUGGACACAUUGAGAUAGUUAAACAUUUAGUAGAACACGGUGCUGAUGUCAAUAUUU